GUCCAAAGAAUAACACAUGAACCAUUGAUGCGCUCAGUCACCAAACUUCGAGUCUCUCUCUAAAAUUAUGUUCUUGAUGUGCUUGUCUCUUGCUUUUAGAAAGCAUUCUCUUAGAACAACAAUUUCAGCCCGUUGAAACAUUUGUACAACCAAUUCUUUUUGGGCGGGCAGCAAAAAUUUUGGAGCUACAUAAAAGGAGGGAAAACAUUGUUUUGUUUCUUUUUUGUAGUCAAAAAUAGAGUGCAUUCAUUUGAAAUCAAUCAAAAAUGUCAAAGCUGGUAUACCCUAAGCUGAGUCGCCGCGAGAUCGUGACAAUCCUCGUCGAGGCUCAGAUCAUCGCUAUUUCGGAGCAGGAUCUUCUCCACCCCAACCCCGAUCUCAUCUCCGACCUCUACACCCGCGUCCUCACCACCUUCUACUUCCUCCCCGAGGACGAUGAGCAAGUCGAUUUUGAUUCCUUGGAGCUGCUCGAGAAUCCGGAUGUGCACGACAUGUCGUCCCAGAGGGUCAGGCUGUGCAGCACAUUGAAGCAGGUGAUGGCGUUAUUGGAUUGCCCCAAGAAGUUUACCCUCGCGGAUCUCUUAAGACCCGACCCGAAUCGGACCGAGUAUUUUCUGAGCGCCCUUCUCAAUUACCAUGUUUAUAGAGAGACAAAAAUAGAUCUCGUGGCUAAAGUUGUGGAUCAAUUAACUCACCUUCAGAAUGAGCACAUAUCGUGUGAGGGUCAGGUUUCUCAGUGGAAUGCUGAGAUUACACACUACAAUGAAACAAAAGAAAAGGAGUUACCUCUUGUUGAGGAGGUAGAUUCCAAAGUUAAAGAAUUGCGCCAAACCAUAUCAGACCUUAACCUUGAACAAGUGAAACUGAGAACUUCUAUUAGGAAGUUAAAAGAGAAGACUGCUGAAAUGGAUAAAGAGAUAUCUGAUGCUGAUUUUGAUCUGCUCAAAAGUGAUUCAGAAAGACAAGAGUUACGUUCAAAAAUUGUUCAUUCACCAGAUAAACUGCAGAGAGCUUUAGCAGAGAAGAAAUUAAUUAAAGAGAAUGCUACGAGUGAUGAAAUGUUAGCCAUGCAAUCUUUGAAGGAGAAGACUACUGUUGAUGAGGUGUAUACCAAGGUCUCCAAGAAAUUGAAAAAGCACUUGGCCCAGAUGCACUCUAUACAAGAACAGGUCAAUUCUGCUAAAUCUACUAUCAAAGAACACAGGGCUUUAGAAGAAAAAAAAAGUCAUGAUGAAGUCCUAAGCAAGGUUCUUCAGGAUGAACAAUUGAAACAGCAAGCAAAAGUGAAAGAAUUGAAUGAUUUGAAAAAGAAGUUAGAAAAGGAAAAAUACUUAAAGUUUGAGGAGGCUAGUAAAAAACUCAGUAAUGUGGAGCUAGAGGUGGAAUCUAGGAGCUGUGUUCUGGAAGCAAGGAAGAAGAAUGUUGAAGCUGCACGAGCAGAGGCGAAUUCUAUAACUGCGAAGAUUGCAGCAGUAAGAAAAUCUGGGGCAACUGAUCAGCAACAAUUAGCUCGUCGAAGUGAGGAUAUCAUUAAAGAGUUCCACCAAUACUUGUAUUCAAUUGGGGUGUUGCUCCAAUGUUGAUGGAGCAUGGAGUAGCUGGAUUUAUUGGCUGUUUUGACUGCAGAAAGUAUCUUCAAUCUACAAUUCAAAAGCCGAAAGCAUCUAGAUGCGGUCCUCCCCCUUUGGUUAUUUUCACUGACUUCGUCAAGAUGUAAAAAUUGUAGCUUCAGUUUACACUUUAGACAAGUAAUGGUAUGACGCCGUUAGAUAUUCAUAGUGAGUCUAAUUGUUCAGAAUGGAAAAAGAGGCUCUUUUUGU